GAUAUUAAUUUCUCAAAUCUAACCAUUGAAAAUUCGUCCUUCAUCUAAAUAAAUAAUGAAGGAAAUGUCAUAUAAAACAAUGCAAAUCAUUGAAUUUCUCAACGUUUACAACUCUCAUCAAAUCAUAGAUCAUCAAAACAUCUAAGAAGCAAGAAAAACAGAAGAGCAAGAAGAAAGAAUGAAUAUUUUAGGCGCAUUGAAGAUCACCGUGAAGAAAGGCAUUGAUCUCAAAGUUUGUGACGCUUUUAGUAGCGACCCUUAUGUUGUUAUCACCUCUGGCUCACAGAAAUUGAAGACUCGUGUGAUAAAGAAUAAUUGCAACCCUGAAUGGAAUGAUGUUUUAACUCUUUCAGUGACUGAUCCAGAUAUGCCUAUCACAUUGAAUGUGUUUGACAAAGAUAGAUUCUCAAGACCGGAUAAAAUGGGUGAUGCCAAUGUCGACAUUAAGUCAUACAUAGAGUGUAUGCAAAUGGGGAUAAAAGACCUCCCAAUUGGAACUGCUGUAAAAAAGAUACAACCUGAUGAAAGUAACUGCUUAGACGAUGAAAGUAAGGUAGUUUGGAUUGGCAAAGGCAAAAUGGUUCAAGAAAUGACUCUAAAGCUACAAAAUGUGGAGAAAGGAAAAAUACAAAUCAAAAUUGAAUGGCUUGAUCUUCCAGGUUGCAAAGGAUUACCUAAGUUAAAUUCUUGAUACAUAUUGUAUGUGUUAUUUCCAAGUGUAUGUGUCUUUGGUCUCAAAUCUCGAUAUUAUAUUACAAAUUUACAAGCGUCAUAAUUAUAUAUACUCCGUAUCAUAUUUGCUUACAUGGAGAAUAUAAUUCCAAUGCUCGUUUGUUUCUUGUUGCAUUGUAUGUCACAUAAGGUGAAAAUUGUGCAUUAUAUUUGUUUAAUCAAAUAUGGAAUCCAAAAGUUGAAAAUAAAUGGACAAUUUUUU